CCGGCUGUCGGAGCCUGACGGAGCCUGGCGGAGCCCCAGCCGGCCAGCCAUGGAGAUGCGAGUGCAGCGGCGCUCUCAGCUUCUCCUGCUGCUGGUGCUGCUCCUCUGCGGUGGGUGUCCCCAAGCGGGAGGCUGCAACGAGACGGGCAUGCUGGAGAGGCUGCCCCUGUGCGGGAAGGUCUUCGCCAACAUGAUGCGCAAGGUGGACGUCUGGAAGUGGUGCAACCUGUCCGAGUUCAUCGUGUACUACGAGAGUUUCACCAACUGCACCGAGGUGGAGGCCAACAUCGUAGGCUGCUUCUGGCCCAACCCCCUGGCGCAGGGCUUCAUCACUGGCAUCCACAGGCAGUUCUUCUACAACUGCACCUUGAACAGGGUCCGCUGGCAGGACCCCCCUGAUGAGAUUCUCAUCCCGCUGAUUGCUGUGCCCCUCGUGCUGACUGUCGCCAUGACAGGCCUGGUGGUGUGGCGCAGCAAACGCACUGACACACUGCUGUGAGGGCCCCGGCGAGACGGGGAGGGCCACUCCUGGCAAGCUGGGAGAAAGUUCCCCGGGGCUGGGAGAGCUGGUGGAUGCUGCUACCCUCUGGCCAUUGUGGCCACACCCCACCCAGUCAUUGGCAGACCCUUCCCUGCGCAGGCUGACCUGGUCCCUGGUGGCUGGCCUGCCCCUGGCUGGGACCCAGGCCGUCUACCCAAGGUCUUCACUUGUUCCUGGGGCAGGAGAAGAAUAUGUGCCAAGGGCAGAGCUUGUGUCACCACAAGAAAUCAUCUGCUGCUGCAUGCUGUGCUCCCUCAGGCUGGGCUGGGGCCUCUGUCCUGGGGUUUCUGGGCCAUGUCUUAGCAGAGUCCUGCCAGGCCCUGCCCCCAUCUCCCACCCCUGCCUGCACCCCAGCAGAAAGGGCUGGUGGGGGCGUUUGGAAGAUGUUCUGUGCUGUGGAAUCCCUGAGCCCCCCUGGUGGGAAGACAGGGCCCAUCCCACGGCUGGGAAGGCUGGGAGAUGGAGGGCCAGGUCGGGGCUCUCGGGAGCCAUGCAUGGCCUGUCUGUUCCAUCAGGAUUCUGUGACCACUGUGGGUUGUGUCCACGACCAGGGCCUGGGAUGGGUGGGUCAGAGCCCCUUAGCGGGGCCUGCCGUGCAGGUGGGGCCUGGGCCUCCUUCCUAACGGGGCUGCCCUGUGAGUGAAUGUGUCCCCUGAGCUCAUGUCCUCUGUCUGCUGCCAUCUGUGCUUUCUCUGAGUAAACAGUCGUCACCCUA